UGAGUUAUUUAUUCACAGGUAUUUCUUUGAAGACUCAAGAGCUAUAUGCUCUUGUCUUUAUUACUCGCUACUUGGACAUAUUUACUGAUUUUAUUUCACUAUACAAUACUACAAUGAAGUUGGUUUUCCUGGGAAGCUCUUUGUCAAUUGUCUGGUACAUGAAGCAUCACAAAAUUGUUCGCAGAUCUUAUGACAAAGACCAGGAUACUUUUCGUCAUGUUCUCCUUGUGGUUCCUUGCCUGAUAUUGGCUCUUGUUAUACAUGAGAAGUUUACCUUCAAGGAGGUAAUGUGGACCUUUUCCAUAUUCUUGGAAGCUGUCGCCAUCCUUCCUCAGCUUGUCUUGUUGCAGAGAACAAGAAAUAUAGACAACUUGACCGGACAAUACAUUUUACUCUUGGGUGCAUAUCGGUCACUUUACAUCUUGAACUGGGUAUACCGCUACUUCACAGAACCACACUUUGUACAUUGGAUAACCUGGAUUUCAGGCCUCGUGCAGACGUUGCUUUAUGCUGAUUUCUUCUAUUACUACUUCCAAAGCUGGAAGAACAACACGAAACUUGAACUUCCUGCUUGAGCCCAUAUCGGAGACAAACAGGAGCUGGCUGAAGAUGAUCCGAUGAACGUUUAUAAGUCUUAUGUUUGGAUGUUUAAUGAAAACUAAAAACAUCCUUGUUUUGUUGGCUAUAAUUAGGUCCAAGAGUAACAAAACCUGAUACAUAUUCAUCAUAUUUAGAAUCUCAAGAAUCAUGUCUUUGCUAUUAGUAGAUUGUUAAAAGCAUAUAUUCUUUAUGUAACAGAAGUUUGUGACUUCAUUUUUGUUGUACUAGAGAUUGUUUUCUUGGGACUUUUUUGUCAGUUCUUUAUCAGUUCAAGAAACAGAAAAUUGUCACAA